UCCCUCAGUCUAAAGUAACUGUUACCAUCAAGCCUGCAUCACAGUUCAUGUAUGAUGGCGAAGGUUUUAGCAGAGGUGACAAUGAAUAAGAUAAUGGGCUGGAAGAUGAAGACACUGUUCCUUGUGAUGUUCUCUGUCUUGUAUACUUCGUUGGGUGCAAAACGUUACAAUAGUCUUGAUGAGAUAAAAAUAGCCAUUUUGGAGAAUUACGGUAUGUUCAUAACAAAUGAUAGCACACCUACUGAAACUUGUCAAACGAGGCUCUUCAAUCUUACCAUAUCUCAUAAAAACUGCACUCCAAAAAUAGUGGAAACUUAUUACUGCACUGGAAAAUGCCACACAAUGUUUAUACCUGGUCAUCCAUCUCUAGAAAUCUGUAAAAAGUGUCGCCCUGUGAAGUUCAACUACAAACCUAUCCAACUUGAUUGCCCAAUUGCUUCACGAAAAAAGAAAAGACAUUUCAAAUAUCGAAACAUACAAAGUUGUAAAUGUGGAAAGUGUUAGUUUUCUGAGAGUGUAUUUUUGAUUUUUGAUUCUCUUUGUAGUGUAAGAAAGUAAUAACUUAUAUAAAAUACAUUUUUAUUUGGUAAUGUUGACUUUUAGAUGUAUAAUUUGUAGUUAGUACAGUUCUUGGUUGUGCAAGCAAAAUAAAGGCGAGUUUUUGUCAAACCUUAAGGAGCCACCGCUUGUCUCUCAUACUUCCGUAAGAACACAAAAAUGGUAAAUUAAGAUGGGAUAAAAAGACAAGA